ACCAUACAUGCGUGUAAAAGUGAAGUACAGUGCUCGCAGUUUUACAGAUUAACAACACAUUUGAUUGGUUUAAAAUCCGCAUGCCCACUACUCUAAAAACUAACAGGGGUCAUUGUGAUUUGUGGAGUUGUUGAAGCGCGCUAUACAUCUGAGCGCCUCACGGGACAAUCCUCUAGAUUAGCGGUUGACGCAGAGGAUGGAUUUCGUAGAUAGCAACCUGAUACUGUACCGUACUGGUCCGUAUACAGGGACGGGAUGAUCUAGAAUGGACGAAUGAAAUGCUUUAAAUGUAACCUAUUUCGAUACUCUUCCUAUUAUCAAAUUAGUCCGUCGUUAUAAGGAUAGAAUGUGUGUAGUCCUAAUCUUUAAAUAGGCUAGAUGAGCUAUGACGGGAGAGCUAAAUAUGGACCAUUCCUGUUUCGAUUCCAAAAUGAAGAGACCCAACGGAAUGGUGGCAGAUUUGGUGCGUUACAACACGGUCUCGUGGGACGUUUGUGAUGGAGCCGUUUAACUUUCUCACUAAAACAAGCAGAUGUAAGAAUGCGUGUAACAGUACUUUAAUGGUUGGAAGUAACAUCUAAACCUUUUGGCUAAAAUGAAUGUAUUGUCGGGUUCUGCUUGCUCACUAACAUCAGAUAAUAAUCUCAGGUAUACAAGCGUAGACUACAUUUAGCUUUUAGCUGGCAUGCCAAGUGUGUGAAUAGGAGGAACUUUAGAAUAUCUAUCCCGCCAUUGUGCCCUUGGGUAGGGCACUUAACCUAUAACCUGCUCCAGGGCCGCUGUUCUGCCACUGACCGACCGGUGCCUCUCUCAACGUGUGUGUUUCUUCACCUAGGAGGGUUUGGAAAGGCAGAAAACAACUUUACUUUUGAAGUUUCACCCAGCAAUGGACUACACGAUUAUAUUCUACUCUGUUCUGUUAUCGUAGAACACCGCAGUUCAAAAUGAACGUGUUGAAAAUGAGGAAAGCCGUAUUUAAAGAAGCGGUUAAACGCUUUCCAUGGCUUGCCAACGUUACUCUGUAUGGCUGCCUGUUUGCCGGCGGCGACUUUGUUCAUCAGAUGAUCGCACAAAGAGAAGAGAUGGACUGGAAACACACCAGAAAUGUUGCCAUAGUGGCCAUCAGCUUCCAUGGAAACUUUAAUUAUUUCUGGUUACGGGCUUUGGAAAGCCGUUUCCCGGGAAAAUCUCCCGGAAUGCUCUUCCGCAAACUGCUCCUGGACCAAAGUGUUGCAUCACCCUUGGCAACGAGUGUCUUCUACACAGGAGUGAGUUUCUUGGAGAAUAAAGACGACGUCUUCGAGGACUGGAGAGAAAAGUUCCUCAACACGUACAAGACUGGACUCAUGUACUGGCCUUUCAUGCAGUUCCUAAACUUCAUCCUGAUGCCUCUGUACCUGAGGACAGUCUUCAUGGGCUGCUGUGCGUUCCUGUGGGCCACCUUCCUGUGUUUCUCCCGGCAGAGUGGGGACGGUACGGCCAGCGUGGCCCUCGCCUUCGUCCUGUAUCCCAAACAGAGGCUGCAGGCUGCCCGGGAGGCCCACCUCGCCCGCAAGAAACAGAAAGAAGAGGAGGAACAGCAGCAGAGCACUGGCAACUAAAUUAAUUGGUUCAAUGAGAUUCGAUUCAAUUCAGGAAACAGAAAACAGAAGAGGACCAGAGCACUGACAACUGAAUGAAUUGAUUCAAUGAGAUUCGAUUCAAUUCAGGGAACAGAAAACAGAAGAGGACCUGAGCACUGAGAACUGAAUUGGUUCAAUGAGAUUCGAUUCAAUUCAGGGAAUAGUAAACAGAAGAGGACCUGAGCACUGAGAACUGAACUGAAUUGGUUCAAUGAGAUUCGAUUCAAUUCAGGGAACAGUAAACAGAAGAGGACCUGAGCACUGAGAACUGAACUGCUAAAAUGUUAUUUCAAUUGAAUUUCAACAAAACGUUGUUAUAUCUCCCUGUCUUCAAGGGCAACAAGACAAGGAACGAGGGCAUGGUUAGAGGGUGAGAACACAACGUCAUCAUGUGAGGCCAGGGCAGGCUCUCACACCUUACAAAAAACAACAAAAAACACAUAGUGAGAAAUGAAUCAGUUGGAUUGAAUGUAACUUUAUUGAUAUCCUCAGGGGCAAGGAAGAGUGAAUAUAACUUUAUUGAUAUCUUCAGGGGCAAGGAAGAGUGAAUAUAACUUUAUUGAUAUCUUCAGGGGCAAGGAAGAGUGAAUAUAACUUUAUUGAUAUCUUCAGGGGCAAGGAAGAGUGAAUAUAACUUUAUUGAUAUCUUCAGGGGCAAGGAGGAGUGAAUAUAACUUUAUUGAUAUCCCCAGGGGCGAGGAGGAGUGAAUAUAACUUUAUUGAUAUCCUCAGGGGCGAGGAGGAGUGAAUAUAACUUUAUUGAUAUCCUCAGGGGCAAGGAGGAGGCAUCGUUGGAGCACAGUUAUAUAAUUUAAGCCUACUGUAUAUAUACAAAUACAUCCAUCUAUUGCAAUGCCAGCAACACGUACAGUGGGCCUAAUACCUCCACCUAAUACUAUACCAGCAACACGUAACAGUGGGCCUAAUACCUCCACCUAAUACUAUACCAGCAACACGUAACAGUGGGCCUAAUACCUCCACCUAAUACUAUACCAGCAACACGUAACAGUGGGCCUAAUACCUCCACCUAAUACUAUACCAGCAACACGUAACAGUGGGCCUAAUACCUCCACCUAAUACUAUACCAGCAACACGUAACAGUGGGCCUACAUUACAGACGUUACAUCACUGAUUCAAUUCAAUACAACUUUAUCAAUCCCGUCAGGGGCAACCCAGAAAACAACAGUCGGACACGGAACACAUUGCUUACAGACAUUCAGACUGUACAGGUGUAGAAGUGCAAUACAUUACGUGAAACAGAACAAGUUACUCUGAGAUACAAACAACUUCAGGGGACGUACAUGUAAGACAAACAUGUUGGGUGGAUGAGAGAGAGAGAAGGUGUUAGAUGUUGUGAUUUACAGGGAUGUUCCUCAGGGAGAGGAAAUGUUAGAUGUUCCUAAGGGAGAGGAGGUCUUAGAUGUUGUGAUUUACAGGGAUGUUCCUCAGGGAGAGGAGGUGUUAGAUGUUGUGAUUUGCAGGGAUGUUCCUCAGGGAGAGGAGGUGUUAGAUGUUGUGAUUUGCAGGGAUGUUCCUCGGGGAGAGGAGGUGUUAGAUGUUGUGAUUUACAGGGAUGUUCCUCAGGGAGAGGAGGUGUUAGAUGUUGUGAUUUACAGGGAUGUUCCUCAGGGAGAGGAGGUGUUAGAUGUUGUGAUUUGCAGGGAUGUUCCUCGGGGAGAGGAGGUGUUAGAUGUUGUGAUUUGCAGGGAUGUUCCUCAGGGAGAGGAGGUGUUAGAUGUUGUGAUUUGCAGGGAGAGGGGGUGUUAGAUGUUGUGAUUUACAGGGAUGUUCCUCAGGGAGAGGAGAUGUUAGAUGUUGUGAUUUACAGGGAGAGGUGUUAGAUGUUGUGAUUUGCAGGGAUGUUCCUCGGGGAGAGGAGGUGUUAGAUGUUGUGAUUUGCAGGGAUGUUCCUCGGGGAGAGGAGGUGUUAGAUGUUGUGAUUUGCAGGGAUGUUCCUCAGGGAGAGGAGGUGUUAGAUGUUGUGAUUUGUAGAGAGGUUCUUCAGGGUGUGUAUUUGAUCAUGUAUAUAUGUCAAAUGUGUUUAUUCUAUGCUCUCAAUUUCUAUGUCCCAUCGGUUGUGCCUUCUGUUGGUAACAAGAGCCCUUCAUGUUCUGCUCUAGAUUUAGUUAGUUCUUACUCAGAGAAACUGUGUGUGUUUUUGUGUGUGUGUGUGUGUGUGUGUGUGUGUGUGUGUGUGUGUAUAUAUAUAAAUAUAUAUAUAUAUAUAUUUAUACAGUACCAGUCAAAAGUUUGGACACACCUAUUCAUUCAAGGGUUUUUCUUUAUUUUUACUAUUUUCUACAUUGUAGAAUAAUAGUGAUGACAUCAAAACUAUGAAAUGACACAUAUGGAAUCAUGUAGUAACCAAAAGAAAGUGUUAAAGAAAUCUAAAUAUAUUUAAUAUUUUUGAUUCUUCAAAGUAGCUACCCUUUGCCUUGAUGACAGCUUUGCACACUCUUGACAUUCUCUCAACCAGCUUCACCUGGAAUGCUUUUCCAACUGUCUUGAAGGAGUUCCCACAUUUGCUGAGCACUUGUUGGCUCCUUUCCUUCACUCUGCUGUCCAACUCAUCCCAAACCACCUCAAUUGGGUUGAGAUUGGAUGAUUGUGGAGGCCAGGUCAUCUGAUGCAGCACUCCAUCACGCUCCUUCUUGGUCAAAUAGCCCUUACACAGCCUGGAGGUGUGUUGGGUCAUUGUCCUGUUGAAAAACAAAAUUAUAGUCCCACUAAGCGCAAACCAGAUGGGAUGGCGUAUCGCUGCAGAAUGCUGUGGUAGCCAUGCUGGUUACGUGUGCCUUUAAAUCACUGUUGUUUCUCUUUGCUUAUUUGAGCUGUUCUUGCCAUAAUAUGGACUUGGUCUUUUACCAAAAAGGGCUAUCUUCUGUAUACCACGCCUACCUUGUCACAACACAACUGAUUGUCUCAAACACAUUAAGAAGGAAAGAAAUUCCACAAAUUCACUUUUAACAAGGCACACCUGUUAAUUGAAAUGCAUUCCAGGUGACUACCUCAUGAAGCUGGUUGAGAGAAUACCAAAUAUGUUCAAAGCUGUCAACAAGGCAAAGGGUGGCAACUUUGAAGAAUCUGUUUAAUUUGUUUAACACAACAUUGGUUACUACAUGAUUCCAUAUGUGUCAUUUCAUAGUUUUUAUGUCUUCACUAUUAUUCUACAAUGUAAAAAAAAUGAUUACAAAAUUAAAUGAAAUCCGUAGAAUGAGUAGGUGUGUCCCAACUGUUGACUGGUACUGUGUUGUAUAACUCAUCUCCAGAUUGACCAUUGAAGGAUAAAGUGCUAUCCUGUCCUGUUACUUGAAUUGCCUAUUUAUUUAUGUUAACCUACCAGGUUGCCAUCGACCCGGUUACCUUAUAACGUACAUAUAUCCAUGAACAAGAAGUAUACAAUACCAUUAGGGCUGCAAAAUACCCCCAAAUUCAUAGGUUUUCCAGAAAUACCCAUUGGAGGAUUCCCGGAUUUCCUCCUUAUUCCUUACCAAUUCCAGUUUUUGUUUUUCCAACCCUGGGAGUCUGGGAAAUGUUCAGGAAUUUUGCAUCCCAUCAAGGUAGUGAAGAUCUGCAACAUUCUUUACUUAAGUCAAACCUUACUGUGGAAUUUUCCCCAAAUUCCCAGGUUUUCCACAAAUCCCAGUUGAAAUAUUCCUGGAAUCUGAAGGGUAUAAGAAAGAAAUUCGGGGAUACUCGGAUUGACUCAGUUCCACCCUACUGUAUAAUCUACAUAAGAGGUGUUAAUAUUACACAUAUUAGACUCAACAUUUGUGACCUGUGUUUACUGUUACAUAGAACAGUUGUGUCAUGCCAUUACAUUGAAUGAAUAGAUAGAGAAAUAAAAAAAUCCAAGCUCAA